AUGGAUUUUAAGGAUUCAACAGCAGCACCUCAAUACACACGUAUGAGUCGUCGAUCACAACAAGGUAGCCUGUUACCAUCUAUUGAUACAUUUGAUAAUCGAGCAUCGUCUGCUCCACAAGAUUCCUGUAUACCUAUUCGAUCACUUUCUGUUCUAGGGCAUCCAACAGUAUAUUAUUGGACAUCACAUGGUAAUUCAACAGAAUCAUUAAAUGUAUCAACAGCACAACCAUUUAAUUCAUCAUAUAGUUUCAAUACUAUCGAUAACCCCAAAGUACCACCAAUAUUCCCAUCAACUCAUCAAACAUUUUAUACACCAAAAGAUUGGCAUAAUGCUCAAAUGACAAAUUAUUUAGCAUCGGAUAAAAUUCGUGCUGUAUCGGAACGUUUACGUUCAGAUGCAAUACAUUUAGCACGUGAAAAAGAUGAACAAGCAUUUUACAAUAAUUUUGAAUCAUCAAGACGUUUAGAUGAACGUAUAAAUGAUAUUGGAUAUUGGAAAAAGAAAUUAGAAAAGACAAAAGAUAAAAUGAAACGUAAAAUAGAUGAUGUUGAAAUUAAACGACAUGAAGUUGAACGAUUAUUAUCUGAAACAGAAAAACCAUUACAUAUAGCACAAGAAAAUGUACAUGAACGUGAGAAACGUCAAGGUAUUGAUCUUGUUCAUGAUAAUGUAGAACAAGAACUUAUUCGAGAAGUUGAUACAAUUAAAUUAUUGCAACAAAACCUUCAACAAAUGCUUGAACGUCUUAAUACACAAAAUUCUCUUAAUCGUGCUUCAUUAUACGAAUUAAAACGUGAUGCACAAGAUAAAUUUCGUGCUCUUGUACUUGAUUUAGCUGCUUAUAACAUUAAAACAACAUCGCCUGAUAUUAACUUUUAUAAGGAUAUUAAAAUUGUGGAUAACACUGCAUCGAUACCUGAAUCAUGGGUACAAUAUACCGAAGAAAAUAUUCAUCGAGCACUUAUUGAAAUUUCAAAAUCGAAUGAAUUGCUUAAUGCUAGUAACCAACUUAUAGUAACAACUGACAAUCAUAUAUGGUCACAAUGGAAUCAUGUCAAUAUUUCACUUGAAAAUCGUAUAAAAGAAGAACAAAUAGCAAAAAAUAAAAUUCAAAUUCAUCUUGAAAAGGUCCUUCAAGAAAUCUUUAAUGUUGAACAAAAUAUUGAAUUUUUGAAAAAAAACAUUUUUGAUCAAGACGUAUUUCUGAAAGUUGCUCAAACACGUCUAGAAACACGUACUAGACGACCAAAUGUUGAAGCAUGUCGAGAUUCUGCUAUGCAUAGCUUAAUUCAAGAAGUUCAUGAUUUACAUGCAGCUAUUGCUGAUCUUCAUGCUAAAUUACAUCAAGAAGAAAAUGCUCUACAACAGUUAUUAUAUACUAAAUCAACUUUAGAACAAGAUUUAUCAAUUAAAAAUAAUUCAUUAUUUAUUGAUUCUAACAAAGUUAUGGGUAUUCGACGUACAUUUACGAUGAGUAUACCAGAAAAAAGUUUCUCUACAUCAUUAUUGUCUUCUCAUCCGUUUGAUCUGAUUGCUCUGUGA